AUGGCCGACCAACCCGCAGACACACGCAAGGCUGCGGAGGCAGAGCCCGGUUUGUUCGUCUUCUCAGAAAGCGCGCCUAUUGCUCAUAUCCCGCCAGAAGUUCCCACCGAGGCCAAGACCACAACGGACGCUCCACCAGCGUCUGACCCACAACCAGCACCUGCAUCCGACCCUAAGGUCGAACCUGAAGCCAAGCCUGAAGCCAAGCCUGAAGCCAAGCCUGAAGCGGAGCCCGAAGAGGGACCUGAAGGCGAGCUCGAAGACGAACCUGAGGAUGAGCCUGCGGCCACUCCGAAACCUGCGCCAGAACCAGCCAAGGAGCCAGAAGCCCCCGCAGAGAACCUGCCAGAAGAGCAGCUCGUCGUUACUACCUCCGAAGGCACGCCAAUCGUCGCCGUUACAGAGCCGACUAAGCCACAAGACGCACCUGUCCCGCCGAAAGAGACAACGGAGCUAGUCAUCGUGCCCAACUCCCCACUUGUGCCGGAAGACUCGGCUAGUGACACAACUCCUGAGGAUACGCCAGUCGCGGAAACGCCGCCACUGCCUGAGACUGCACCAGAGCCAGUUUCCGAGGUUCCAGCUGCCAUCAUAGAAGAAGCUCAAGAGUCCCGGCGGUCGUCAAUAGCCUCGUCCGUUGCUUCGUCUGUUAGUGAGGCUGCCAAACAGGAAGAAGCGGCCGCACCGCCCGAACCCGCACCGGAGCCGGCUCCUGAGGUUCCAUCUGCCGUCGCCGGAGAAGCUCAGGAGUCUAGACGAUCAUCAGUGGCCUCAUCCGCGGCUUCAUCUGUCAGUGAAGUCGCCAAACCGGAAGAAGCCCCCGCACCACCUCGAACAAUGACGGAAAUGAUUAAGGCGGCGCCUGUUGCCAUGGUCGAGGCGAUCAAAGGACCUAAAGAGACAUCCGCUGCUUCCUCCGCAUCCUCGUCUCCCGCUCUGAAGCCAACAGCAGCAGAAGAACCACCUGUCGUGCCAGCCUUGGCCGAGGAAGCCCACCAGUCGAGGAAGUCAUCUGUGGCGUCCUCGAUAGCCUCAUCCGCCUCUUCUACCGCGCCUCCGAAGCCAGUUGUCAUCGAAGAACUGCCCGUGAUAGCAGAUCCCAUUACUGCCAUCAUGCAGGACCAGCUGCCGGCUCUGCAGGAUACUCCCAAGCCUGUGACCCGCGCUCCGACAGUUGCACCACCGCCAACUCCGGUGGGGCCUUCGCUAUGGAGCACGAGUGUCUCCUCCGUACCAGCUGUGACCGUCCUUGAAACGGUACCAAUGGUGGCAGUGCCUGCACCGGCCGGACCUGUUGGACGGAAGCGUGAUAAGGUAAGGGAGAAAGUCGUGAAGAUGCCGGUGCUGCGGGCGGUGCUUGGCAGUGAGAUCGCCAAAGAGUUCGGUCCCGGUAUCCGUGCUGCGUUGGGAAUGAGUGCUAGGGGUUGA